AAGAAAGAAAGCAAUUAAUUUGCCAUCAAACGGCACCUUUCCCCAAUUGUUGUAAAGAACUUAAAAAAGUGAUCUUUCAUUCUCAAAUCUCUGCACACACACACACACACACUACAUUUACGAAUUCCAAGAAACGACACCACACACACACACACACUCACACACUACACACACUGCUCUUCACCGCGCCUCUUCGUCUUCAUAAAAAACCCUCUUUCUCCCCCCCACACACAGAAAUACGCAGUUAUUACUUUUUGCUCUCACCUUCUGUGAUAAUUAACUGAAGGUUCUACAAUGCCUCCGGCAGCAGAAACGGCGGCGCCGCCGCCAAAAUGGGAGGUGGGCCCCACAGAGGAGGUGGUUCAGGCAUUUAUCGAAACCCUCGUCGAUCCUAGGUUGCCUUUGAGUGUUUCGAUUGACGACCCUCCGGACGAAGAUGCUCAUAGAUCUGUUGCCAGACAGAUGCAUGCAGUUGUUGUGCUCUACAACUACUACCACAGGAAGCAAAAACCCGAACUCGAAUUCCUCGAUUUCGUCCCCUUCUCUAAGCUUGCUCUGUCACUCCGACCGAAUCUUAUCCCGUUCAUGAAAUUCACCAACGAGAGCGAGUCAAUCGAGUUCGACGGUAACGAAAACGGGCUUUCAGAAACCGAAAAGUCAAUAAAAAAUGCGUGCGAUAUCUCUAAAGCUUUAGAUGCGAAUAAAGAUUUUCCGACCAUCGAAAAUUGUCCGGUAUCAAAAGUUGCUGUCUUGCUGAUAGACUCGAAGAGAGAGAACUGUUUGCUGCAGUUCGGUUCCGCCACCGAAGGCGUCUGGUCGCUAAUCGAGAAGGAGGUUAGUGACGAAACAUUGCAGGAAGAAAACAAUGUCGGUAAUAAGAGGAAACGAAAGGCGGUGUUGGAUAACGAUAGUCAGUCUCUUCUGCAGCUUGCUUUUGAUUCCGUCAAGGCUAUUACUGGUUUCGACAGUUCCGAUCUUGCGGUAUUGGAAAUUCAUGUUACGUAUUCGUUGAGCAAAGAAAAGUCGGCUGUUAAAUUUUAUAUGAUCGAAUGCUCUCAGACAUUUAACAAAAACCAGACAGUUCCUCUCGAUUUUCUCGUUGAGAGUUUGCAAGGACCUUUGGCUGAAAAGUUCGAUGGUAGUUGGUCGACUAUACUAAAUAUAAUCGAGUAUUGUCAAAUGUUUCCUUACUUGCCCUUCAUCUCGUCUUGGCUGCCUAGGAAAGAUUUAUGUGUACCGAUUUUAAUAGAACCUUUUAGAAGCAGUGUACCGAUUUCGGCUUCUUCGAACGAUGGCAUUGAUGAAAAUAUAGGCAACGAGAAUGGUGAAGAAGGUCAAAAGAAGUUGAAACAUUCACUAGAAAGUUCCGGAAACAUCUCUACAUCGAAAAAAGGUGGGAUUUUCGCAAACAAAUCGAACAAAAAAUCCAACAAUUCCGCUAAAAGGGACGCGAGCAAAACCAAAAGCAACAUCGGCCUCGAAAAUCGAGAUAACGACAGUGACAAACGUAGUACCCGUUCGUUAACAAGGAGUAUAUCGAAAGACUAUAAUAAUAAUAAUACUGCGACGGGAAAUCACAAUAAUAUUGACAAUGGGGAUUCUGCUAAAAAGGGUUUAUUACCGAAUAGUGGGAAAAAAACUCGAGACGCGGAAAAAAAUGGAAGUCCGAGUGGAUGUCCGAAGGUUUCACCGAUUAUUAGUGAGGAUAAUAGUAAUGCAAGAAAGGAAUAUGAUGACGUGGAAAUCUUGUCCGAUAAUACGGAAGCGAAAAAUGUGCAGGAUUCGGAGUAUCUGGAGAUUGCUUUGGCAAUUCUUUAUCAUAAAAGACAACAAUUGUGUACUCAAAUCUGCACUAUGGAAGAUGAGUGUGCAUUAUAUGAUCAUCUCAUUGAACGAUUAAGGAAUGGUGGUGAAGUUGGUUUAGCUCGUAAAUUUACCGAAUCAAUCGAAGCUGGGAAGAUUCAUUUGCUGCUGAAGAAUGAAAAUGACGACAACUGUAAAUCCGAGAAGCAAACAAAAUUACCGGAAAUUUUUCUCCCUGGUCAAUCUUCAUGUGAAGAUUUGGAGUAUAUAUGUGUGAAGAAUAAAUGGAGGCUGCCGAAAUAUUCCGUCGUGCCAUCAAAUGGUAAAUUUCUGUCGAAUGUGGCGGUGGAAAGUAACGAUUUGAAGCUGUCGACGGAGGGUAGUGCGGGGUCCACUCCCGUAGAAGCAAGGGAAUCGGCUGCUGCACAAAUGAUUGGCAAAAUUAAAACUCGUUACUGUGUUAACGAAAUCUGAUUUAUUAGGAGUUAAUUUCGGUUCGAUCAAGUAGUUUUUUUCGUCGUGCGAACGUAGUUGCUAGUUAAUUAGCACUUGAACCACAAGAAAGUUUUUGGACUUGAUAGGUUGGUUUUUUUUUUUUGUGAUUUUUUUGCUGCUGAAGGAUAUAAUGUGGAAGUUUUUUAGACUUUACUUUUUGCACUUCACUCCCCAUGUCAUGUUUUAUUUACAAUUAGGUCCCUACUUUUUAGGGAG